UGUUUGUGAUUACAACCCUAAAAAAUGUUUCAUUAAAAAUAAAGAGAGUCUCUUCCCUGAGCUGCUGGAUACCGGACGGCGAGUGUGUUUCAUUGUCAUCACCACCGUGUAACAACACUAAAACGACACCGUAUCCAUCUUCUUCCCAUUCUCCCUAAACCAUCUUCCUCUUCCAAACCCCGUCAUGCUCGACAUAACAAAACUCAGAUUAACAUUCAAAUUUUUCAACCUUAAACCCUCCCUAAACCCUAGAUUUCACAGCACAGCAAAAACCUCACUUCAAAUUCAAUUACACCCAAAACCCAAACUUCCCUCAAAAUCCACCAUCAAAGAAGCUCAAGCCGCAUUACUAGACUAUCUUCAUUCCACAAGAAGCUUGCAGUUUCUAGACGCGGACAACAUGUGCAAAAACUCACCUUUUUUCAUUCAAACCCUCGUCGAAAAAACCCUAAAAAACGAGAAGCUUGUAAACCCUAAGCGCUUGAUUUCUCGGUAUUUACGUUACCAUCCCAUCAACGAAUUCGAACCGUUUUUCGAGAGUUUGGGUUUGAAGCCUUCGGAAUAUGUACCUCUUCUUCCUCGUGACUUGAUUUUCCUCAAUGAUGAUCCUGUUAUGAUGGAGAAUUAUCAUACUCUUUGUAACUAUGGGGUUCCGAGGUCCAAAAUGGGGAAGAUUUUCAAGCAGGCACCGGAGGUUUUUAGAUUUGAAAAUGGGGUUUUGGGUUUGAAGAUUAAGGCUUAUGAGAAGAUGGGCGUUUCGUCUUCGGUUUUAGUGAAUGCUGUUGCUGUAAGUCCUGGGAUUUUGGUUGGUGAUGUUAAUGUUGAUUUUGUGGAGGUUGUGGAUAUGUUGAAGGAUAUUGUUGCUGAUGGUGGUGAUGUUGAUAGUGGUUGGAUUAAGUGGGAUUUUUUGGAUGAGGUUUAUUGUAAUUGGGGCUUGAUGCGUGAGCUCUUGUGCUUGCUUUCGGAUGCUGGUUUGAGGAAGGAAGAGUUGGCGGAGAUUAUUCAACGUAGUCCUUGUGUUGUUUUUGAGGAAUCGGGAGGUAGGACGCUCUCUAUGAUUGGGUUUUUGACUAAAUUUGGAUUGUCUGUGAACCAGAUUGCCCCUGUGUUUCUUGAGUUUCCGCAGAUUCGGAUGGUCAAGUUUUUAGCCAACUUGAGAGUGUGUUUUCAGCUUCUGACUGAGAUUGAGAUGGAAGCUGCAGAGAUUGGAAAGAUUUUCCAGUCUCACACGUUAUUUAUUGGUUCAUAUACUCUUAAGACGACAAAGAGUUUGCUCGGUUGCUUGAAUGUUGGCAAGAAGCGUCUCUGUGCCAUAGUGCAGGAGAAUCCUCAUGAAAUGAAGAAAUGGAUUCUGGGGAGGAGAGUUAAGCCUUUGGUUAGCUUAAGGGAGGAGGAAGAGGAAAGAUCGAAGGCGGGGAAGACAGAGUUCUUGCUGCGCUUAGGAUAUGUGGAAAAUUCGAAACAAAUGAAUACGGCAUUUAAGGUGUUCAGAGGUAAGGGAGCUGAACUUCAGGAGAGAUUUGAUUUUAUUGUUAAUGCUGGCUUGACACGUGACGAAGUUUGUAGAAUGAUUAGAGUUUCCCCGCAGAUUCUUAAUCAGAACACAGAUAGAGUCAAGAUGAAAAUCGAGUAUCUUAAAAAGAAAGGAUAUUCUGUAUCAGAUUUAGUGAGUUUUCCAUCUUAUCUUUCAUACAAAUCUCUAAGAGUUAAACAUAGGUUGUCAAUGUAUAACUGGCUCAUAGACAAUGGAGCCGUAGAGCCCGGGCUUGCUUUGAGCACCAUAAUUGCAUGCACAGACAGAAUAUUCUUACAAAGUUAUGUAAAUCGCCAUCCCUCUGGCCUUCAAGUUUGGGAAGAUUUGCAGAAAGAAAUUCAUUCUGAAGAUUAAUGAAUAAUCAGAUACUAGCAUAGCAUGAUUAAUGAUUGUUUAAUCUUGCGAAUAUUUUUACCAAUUGAACUGCAAUUGGUAUUCUGAAACAAAUCACUUCAAGUUAAUUUAACAAGAGGUCCGUGGCUGUGACUUGGGUUGUGAUGUCAAAGUUUUUUUGUGUCUUUGUCCCCGCAACGCAACUGCAUUUGAGAGCCCGCAUUAGAUCCACUCUCUGUCCCCACAACGCGACUGCAAUUGAGAACCCGCAUUAGAUCCACUCGACGGCGAUUCUCUGCAAUAACAAAAAUUGCAAAGCCAUCGCAAUUCAAAACCAUCUAGCCACAGCCACCAUCAUGCUGUUACGAAAUCUAUGGGGAUGACUAAAGAACAGCAGCUUUCAUGAGCAAGCAUCAUAGGUGAGAACAGUAGCUUUCAUGAGCAAGCAUCAUAGAUGAUUGCCGAUUGCGAAUGUUUUCGACAUGACCUGUAGAUGGGGAGACUUGAGAAGAAUGUUGACUAGAUAUGCCAUCUUCACUGUAUGUAGGUGUUCACUUGCAUUACAUUGAAAAUUACUAUCCAAAUGGUUGAGAUUUGCAAUUUCUAGAACUCACAAUUGUAGAAUACAAACAGUUGAGAUUCACACACAGAAUCUGGAUUCAGCAUACAUGUACCUGUCUGCAAUUUGGCAUGGUUUGUAUUACGUGCUGCCGAACAGAGAUUUAUAUCAUUUGUCACUUGAUUUUUUUUUUAACAAAUUUAGUGUUUGUAUUAGUUGAAGUGGAGAUUGUUGUAGGUUCCAAAUGUUGCAGAGAACUCGAUAAUACAUUAAACUGAUUUAAACCAGGUAUAUUCGCCGUCGAACUUUAGCACAUUUAUGUAAUUAUCUUCUUACUUUACUACUAGUUUUUUCAUUCUAUUUUAUCAAUUUGGCAUUGAGUUACUAGCUACUGGUUUAUGAUUCCUCCUCCAUAAUGUUAGUUAGAAUUGUUGCCUUUCUUGUUGGGGGCAAAAGUUAAGCAUUCAAAUGCAAACUUUAUUGUUUUGGAAUCAUCAAAUACAAACUUUAAAGCAACGAAUUUAAUUGUAACUAACUACCAUUCAUUCACUUUAAAAUUGUAGAUGUAGAUUAGGUGGGUAGCUUCAAUAGCCUAUUGAAUUCUUAAUUUCAAAUCUGUAAAACUUUUCUAACAAAUAUAGUAAAGUCUAAUACAGUAUGAAUUGGCCUUUCAUUACAUAUUUGACUCUACUUGGAACUAGUUAAAUUCACAUGAUUAUAACCAGACAAUGGCUUUUUGGUGGGUCCAAUUGUUAAGCUGUGUUUAUCAUUUUGGAUUUUAUGUUAAGUGGAGGUUAAGGAAGUGUUUAAUAUUUAUUAAUAUGGUUUUGAUAAUCUUUUAUUAGAGAUCUCAAUUUUUGUUGAAGAUUUGGUUUGUUAUGAACAAGAGCAUGCUUAAAGUUGAUGCUGUUGUUGCUGUUGUUGAUUCUAAUGGGAUAGUACAAGAUUAAAGUUGAUGUAGGUUGUUUCCUUUAAGGAAAUUAUUGGUUAGGGUAUGAUUAUUUAUGAUAACUAUAAUUCAAUAACAUGGUUGGGGUAUAUCAUUUCUCUGUUGAACAAUUUCUAGUGUGAUGCUUUAGAUUUGCUUUAAUUUAAGCUCUUUUAACUUCAUGGAAACAAAUGACAUUUUGAGAUAAGUCCAAUUUUCAAACAUCUUGUUGGCGAAUCUAAUUUUCAAACUUGAGAAUAAAACAAAAUGGAUGGAAGAAGUUCCAGUCUCGGGAUAAGUCUCACAGGUGAGAGGUGGGGAUUAGACAUGGCAAUAAAACCCAGAUCCACGGGUACCCACCCGAACCCGCCCGAAGUUGACGGGGAAAACCCGCUUUGACUGAGUUUGGGUUCGGGUUUGGGUUUUCCCCGAUUAGAAAACAUGGGAAUGGGUCGGGUAAUGGGGACACUAGUACCCACCCCGAAUCCGUCCCAGAACCCGCCCCGUUUAUUUCAAUAUGUACAUUAUUAUUUAUAUUUUAUAAUUUAUAUUAUUAAAUAUGUGGUUAAUGUUUUAAUAAUUUGAUUUGUAUUUAUUAUUUUAAAUAUUUGAAAUAUAUGAAUGAAUUUUUUUGAGAUUGUUUUAUUUUGUUAUUUAUAACGUAAUUUGAUUUUUGAAAAAGUAAAUAUUUUUAUUAAAAAAAUUGAUUUUACGAAAUAGAUGGUGGCGGGGCGGGGAUAUCCGAACCCAACCCGAACCCGUCAAGGACGGGUUUGAGUUUUUGUUCUCCAUCCCCGUUUGGGUUUGGGACGGAUAACGGGGAUUGAUUGGGGAUUCGGGUUUGGGUUUGGGGGAGGUAAAAACUGUCUCCGACCCGCCCCGUUGCCAUGCCUAGUGGGGAUAUCAUGUGUGGUAAUAGUUAAAAGACUUGAAAUUAUACAAUUGCUUUCUAUGAUUGGUAUUUGUUUCUAAAUCUAUAUUUGAAAUAUAGAUAUAGAAACCAUAACACAAUCCGUCAACCAUAG